CUUUCAGUUCUCCAUUAUCUUUUUAUCCAGGUUGUGUUGAGAGCAAGCUCCGAGUCCUCUCAACAACAUGGCCAAGAAUAUUGUCGUGGAUCCCGCCUUCAAGGGGUUAACUCCGAAUCAUACUGGGUUCCAUGUCUGGAGGAUUGAAGACAUGAACGUGGUUGUGGUUCCAGUAGAAGCCUGGGGCAAAUUCUACAGUGGAGAUGCUUACAUCAUCUUUUCUUCCUCGUUAUCCGGAGAAUCCGGUGGAGUAAAGGUUAAACCUGGAGUCCACGGUAAGGUUGAACAACAUCUUCACUUCUGGUUGGGAGAACAUGCAUCCCAGGAUGAAGCUGCUGUAGCUGCAUACAAGACUGUGGAGCUAGACGAACAUCUGGGUGGAUAUCCAGUACAGCAUAGAGAGGUGCAGGGACAGGAGUCCUCCAGGUUUAUCUCCUACUUCAAGACAGGGGUCAGAUAUCUGAAUGGCGGAGUCAAGUCUGGAUUGAGUCAUUACAUCGAGGAUGUAUCUCCUAAACUGUUCCAGGUAAAGGGAAAGAGGAAACCAUUGAUUCUCCAGACCAGAACUAUAGGUUGGAGCGAGAUCAAUCACGGAGAUUCCUACGUCCUGGAUGUUCCAGAAGCAAAUGUUGUUUUUGUCUGGCAAGGAAACUCGUCUAACAGGUAUGAAAAACUACAGGCAGCAAAGUUUGCUCAAACCUUGAAGGAGGAACACGGAGAUCCAGGAUACGAGAUAGUAGUCCUGGAAGACGGGAAUGAAGGUUCAGAAUCAGAACACGGAGAAAUAUUUAACCAACUUCUUCCUUUAUCUGCUAAGGCUGAAAUCAAGGAUGCAAGAUCAGCUCCGGACCAGGCGGAUGGUCAGACUAGGGGAAGGAUUAAACUCUACAGAUGCUCCGACUCUGAAGGAAAGCUGGUUCUUACAGAGGUAAAGGAUGGACCUCUGUUUCAGGAGGAUCUAAAAUCCGAGGACUCAUUCCUGGUUGAUAAUGGGAACUAUGGUAUCUGGGUCUGGAUCGGGAAGAGAGCUAGUGAGGGAGAGAGAAGAGAGGCAAUGAGGAAUGCGCAAGGUUUUAUUAAAGCCAAGAACCUUAAAUCCGGAACUCCUGUUACCAGGGUUAUAGAUGGUGGAGAACCAUCAGAGUUUAAAUCUUUGUUCCAACAAUGGAAGGAUAAAGAUCAGACGACUAAUCUAGGAAGAAAGGUUUCAACCAGCGGUCUUGGAAAAGGUAUUGCUAGAACUGUUCAGACAAGGUUUGAUGCUGAGACUCUACAUGAGAACCCACGUAUAGCUGCAACCAACGGCAUGGUUGAUGAUGGAACCGGAGUAAAAGAAGUAUACAGGGUUGAAAUGUUUGAUCUUGUUGCGGUUCCAGAGAAAAAUCAUGGAAUAUUCUUCUCCGGAGACUGUUAUGUUAUCCUCUAUGCUUACAAUGAUGGUAAGAAGGAUCACUAUAUCAUCUACUACUGGAUGGGAUCCCAUUCUAGCCAAGACGAGCAGGGAGCAGCAGCACUCAGAACUGUGGAGCUGGAUGACAGGUUAAAUGGACUUCCUGUUCAGAUUAGAGUUGUCCAAGGGAAAGAACCCCAGCACUUCCUAGCUAUGUUUGCCGGUCAAAUGAGGGUUUUUAACGGAGGGAAAGCUUCAGUAUUUGACGGAGAGGACGGAGUAGAUCGUGGAAUUCCUGCCAAUUAUCUUCUUCAGGUUCGAGGAUCAAACAGGUUUUCCACCAAGGCAACGGAAGAAGAGCUAAGAGCAGCAUCUCUAAAUACGAACGAUUGUUUUCUCCUGGUUCUGGAAAGAGAAGUGACGGUUUGGUUUGGAAAAGGAUCGACAGGAGACGAAAGAGAAAUGGCUAAAAUCUUGGCUCUCUCCUUGAGUGAUGACCCCAAUAUAAUAUUUGAAGGUCAGGAGAAAUCUGACUUCUGGACUUCUAUAGGAGGCAAGGAAUCCUAUUUUGAUGAGAAGAUUAGCAAGCAAGGAACUAAUAUUGAAGAACCAAGACUGUUCCAGUGCUCCAAUGCAUCUGGAAAUGUCCGAGUUGAGGAAAUCCAUGAGUUUGAGCAGAUGGAUCUCUUGGAGGAGGAUGUUAUGAUUCUAGACGCCGGGCAUUCAAUAUUCCUCUGGUUCGGUUUAUCCUCUAAUAGAACUGAGCAGCAUGAGAGCACCAGGAUUGCUAGGGAGUAUCUAGAAACCUGUCCUAUAGAGAGAGAUGUAGAUACACCUGUUAUUAUCGUGAAGCAGGGUCGGGAACCGAUUAGUUUCACCGGAUACUUUGGUAGCUGGGACGAGGAGUUCUGGGGAGAUGUUGAUGAACUUUACUCCAACCUUACUCCUACAGCUGAUGUAUAUACCAACGGAAAUAGUGCUGGAUAUAACGGAUAUGGAAGCGGAGUUUACCCCUACUCCGUCCUCUCUGGGCCUGAGUGUCCUGAGACAAUUGAUCCGUCCCGGAAAGAAGAAUAUCUCUCAGAUAUAGAAUUUGUUCAAGUGUUUGGUCUGGACAGAGAGGAAUUCUCUGCUCUCCCCAACUGGAAAAAGACAAAUCUAAAGAAGGCAAAAAAUAUGUUUUAAAUGUUUGAACUGUUACAAUGAUUCUAAACCAAGCUUAAUUAUAAUAAUAUUUAUUGUAUAGA